AUGGUUGGCGAUGGAGAUGGUUUUAUUCUUGUCCAUCCAGUGAUAUAUUCUUGUUUAUCUCAGCAUUGUUUUGUAUCUGUGGUACAUACUUAUCAUGUCAGACCAGAUUUUGGAAACCUUCAAUUUUUCGUAACAUCAUUAGAAUGGGAGCAUUUGGGAUUAUUUUGUUUUACGUCGGAACUCCGAUUCUGUGGCGUUCAUAUACCUUUAUCUCUGUACCGCUUCGGUCGUCAUCCUUUUCAUAUGAUUUCCUCUCCUGAUGGUCGCUUUGUCGUUUUGAUAUGA